AUGACCCGCACGGACCCGCCGGACCUGCUGGUGUCGACCGUGUACCAGGACAUCAAGGUGGCGGCCCCGGGGCCCGCGUCCAGGCGCCCGCCAUGUGAGCGGCCCGUGGCCCGGCCCGCCGCGCCCGCGCCUUUCAACAAGCGCCACUGCCGAAGCUUCGACUUCCUGGAGGCGCUGGACGGGCCGGCCAUGGAGGCGCGCUCGGAGCCGCCGCCCGCCGAGCCCGCCGCGCCGCGUGCCCGGCCCCGCGACGGCGAACCCCGGCGCCGCGCCCGCUCCAAGAGCGCGCCCCGCGCGCCCCCGAGCCUGGCGCCCGCGCCCGCCUCGCCACCGGUGCUGCCGCGCCGAGGCCGAGAGGCCCAGCGCGAGAAGCGGGCCGAGGCAUCGCCGCGCCGGGAGCCCGCGUACCCAGCGCUGCGCGCGCUCGCCAACGAGCUACACCCCAUCAAGCUGCAGCCGCAGCGGGGCGGCACCGGCCGCAUCGCGCCCCUGUGCGCCGCCACCGGCCGCUGCGCGCCGCCCGAACCACCCCCGGGGCCCGCCCCCCACGUCCGCUGCCGCCUGGACAUCAAGCCGGACGACGCGGUGCUGCAGCACGCCGCCCGGGGCUCGCGGCCCUGCGGGCCCACCGAAGCGGCGUCCUGGGCCCGCGCUGCCCCGCAGCUCCACGGCCUCACGGUGCCUGGGCCCCGCCACGUGGCGCUGUCCCGCACCCCCACCCCUAGCGACUCGUACUGUGCGGACCCCCGAGCGCUGUACUGCGACGGGCCUCUGCCCGGGCCCCGGGACUACGCGGAGCGCCGCACUCUGCACUUCGCCGCCCCGCCGGGCCCCACCCAAUUCUUCUACACCGAGGAUGCGGAGGGCUACUCAGGCGGCUUUACAGCCAGCCCAGGCCCUCCCUUCGAUGGCUACUGUCCCAGGCCCUACCGGUCCGAGGAGCCCCUGGGGCCCAGCCCAAGACGCGGGGGCGGCUAUUACGCAGAAGAAGUUCACACCUUCCCGAUCCAGGAGCCGCCCUCCCGCUCCUACUACGGGGAGGCACGAGCCUACGGCCUGCCUUACGGGCCCCGCUUUGCCCACUUUGCCCACGAGGAGCCCCGGGCCUACCCCGCCACGCGCCCCUUUUAUACAGAGGACUUCGGGCGGUACCGCGAGCGCGACGCCCUGGCUCGGACUUACCCGUACCCGCGCAGCAGCCAGUCCUGGGCUGACUGGGGCCCGCGGCCUUACCGCACCCUGCAGGUGGCGCCUCCCCACGACCCUGGCCCAUUGCUCGCCUCCUGGCACGGCGGCACUGGUACCAGCCCUCCCCGACUGGCCAGCGACAGCCGCCACUACUCGCGCUCUUGGGACAACAUUCUGGCCCCCGGGCCGCGCCGGGAAGACCUCCUGGGCCGCGGCCGCAGCUACGAGAACCUGCUGGGGCGCGAGGUGCGGGAGCCCAGGGGCGCGUCCCCGGAGGGCCGGCGCCCGCCCGUCGUCGUGAACCUGUCCACCUCGCCCAGGCGCUACGCCGCGCUGUCCCUGUCCGAGACGUCGCUGUCAGAAAAAGGCCGCGGGGGCGAGGGCCUGAGCCGCAACUGGUACGUCACGCCUGAAAUCACCAUCACCGACAACGACCUGCGCGCCGCUGAGCGCCCGACCGCCAGGGGCUGGGAGCUGCCAGGGGGCCGCCCGCGGCCGCAUCCACCCGCGGCCCCCGCCGGCCCCACCUCUGGCCGCCAGCGCAGCCUGGAGCAGCUGGACGAACUCAUCACAGACCUGGUCAUCGACUCUCGGCCUCCGGCCGGCCAGGCCCCAGAGCCCGUGACCGACGGCCUGGGCCACCACCUUCGCCGCCUGCUGGACUCGCGGCCCGCGGGGCCCGGGGCCCCCUCGCUGGCGCCGCCGCGCUCGCCCCCUGCCUCGGCCGGCAGCGCCGAGGAGCCUGCGGGCGCGGGGGAGGCGGCCGACGCUUCUCCGGAGCCCAGCGCAGACGAGGACGACCUGAUGACGUGCUCCAACGCGCGCUGCCGGCGCACCGAGACCAUGUUCAACGCCUGCCUCUACUUCAAGUCGUGCCACAGCUGCUACACCUACUACUGCUCGCGCCUGUGCCGCCGCGAGGACUGGGACGCGCACAAGGCGCGCUGCGUGUACGGCCGCGUGGGCAGCGUGUGCCGCCAUGUGCUGCAGUUCUGCCGGGACAGCGGCCCGGUGCACCGCGCCUUCUCGCGCAUCGCGCGCGUCGGCUUCCUGUCGCGUGGCCGCGGGGUGCUCUUCCUGGGCUUCCCGAGCCCGGGCUCGGCCGACAACUUCCUGCGCUUCGGCCUCGAGGGGCUGCUGCUGUCGCCCACCUACCUGUCGCUGCGUGAGCUUGCCACACAUGCGGCGCCCCUGGGCAGCUAUGCGCGCGAGCUGGCGGCCGCUGGGCGCCUCUAUGAGCCGGCCGAAUGCUUCCUGCUCAGCGUGUCGGUGGCCGUGGGGCCCUGCGCCGCUCCCCCAGGGACCCCCGCCCGGCCUGCGCCCGCGCCACGCAGCCCCGGGCCCACGGUGCGCAAGUUCGCCAAGGUGGCACUGGCGGCCGGCAGCCCGGCGCGUCCGCCCCCGGCGCGGGGCCGCGAGCCCGACAUGGAAACGCUGAUCCUGACGCCGCCGCCUGGCACGGCCGGCCUGGACCAGGAAGGCGAGGCGGGCCGGCGAGCUCGCGAGGUGGCUUUCAUCCACAUCCAGCGCGAGCUGCGGCUGCGCGGCGUCUUCCUGCGCCACGAGUUCCCGCGCGUCUACGAGCAGCUCUGCGAGUUCGUCGAGGCCAACCGGCGCUUCACGCCCACCACCAUCUACCCCACGGACCGGCGCACCGGCCGCCCCUUCAUGUGCAUGAUCAUGGCUGCCUCCGAGCCGCGCGCGCUCGACUGGGUGGCCAGCGCCAACCUGCUAGACGACAUCAUGUGA